GCGGAAGUUGUAUUGCGUGCAUCACCCAAAACUGUCCGGCGGAUGUUGUUCCACGGGCCUUGCCACAAAAACAAUGGCGAGCGGGAUCGGCAAACACAAGAUACUGAAUGUGGGACCUACAGAGCCAUGGUCAAUCAGGGAGAAAUUAUGUUUGGCCUCAUCUGUUAUGAGGAGUGGAGACCAAAACUGGGUGUCUGUAAGCAGAGCCAUCAAGCCUUUCUCAGAGCCUGGUCGACCUCCUGACUGGUUCUCUCAGAAGCACUGUGCCUCACAAUAUUCUGAGCUGCUUGAAGCCACAGAAGCACCAAAACGCAAGCGUGGGGAGAAGGGAGAGGUGGUGGAGACGAUCGAAGAUGUCAUCGUCCGUAGGCUGACCAGUGAAAGGAUUGAGGAAUUAAAAAGAUUACAGAGAGACACACAGGAGCAGUACAGAAAACUGAAGAAGGAGGUGGAUCUGAUACAGUCGGGUCACAUGGACUCCCAGCUCAAAGAUCUGUGGGCAGAAAUCACACUAAAGAAGAAACAGGAGGAGGAGGAAGCAGAACAGAAGAGGAAAGCCACAGAGAUGGCGUACCAAGCGCGCCAGGCACUGAAAAACACGCCGAAGCGCCUCACCAGUGUGACGGUCCGUUCUCCUCUGGGGUCCAGCCCCCCGACCCACGACUCUCAGGCAGACUCUGCGGUUCCCACGCCGCCCAUGGACACUGAAGGCGUCCCUUCAGAGGACACCACCAUCCACUCAGUUGCCCAGGGGGUCGGGGUGUUUCUGCCAGCAGCUGACCCUCCGGUGUCGGGACCAAAAGACGGAGGCCUGGCGAAUCUGGUUGAUGACUCGCCACAGAAGAGAUUGCUGACGCAGAAAGCCACGCCGCCGCCGUCACCUCUGUUAUCAGAGCUGCUGAAGAAGGGAAACCUCAUAUCAGCCAGCCCACGCCUGGUAUCCGAAGGAGACACAACCAAUUUAACAAACGGUCUGCAGACUGCAGCUGUAGUGCAGAGUCACGAAGUUUUUACAGAGGGUGAUGCUGAAGCUGCGGUGAAGGCAGAACUCGGUGAGGAGACGGGGCUGGCUGAAGAGGAUCUUGUAGCUGUUUCCUACAUGGGAGAUGAGCUGGACCUGGAGACUGUGGGCGACAUCAUUGCCAUCAUAGAGGAGAAGGUGGACGACUCCGUUGAGGCUUUAGACGCAGCUGCCGUGGAGGCGGCUCUAUCUCUCUGCGAGGAAGCGGUUUCCGAAGGCCACACCCUCCCCGGGCCGUGGGAGACCCAGGAGCUGAAGCCUUCAGAACCCCCCGUCCAGCAGGAGCAUCAGGAUGUUCCCAGCAUGCUGACCCCGUCCUCCAGCAGCAAUCAGGAGACACAGAACCAGCCGGACGUUAAAAGAGAAGAACAGUUCAAGGGGAGCGGGGAAGGCGCCGAGGUGGCGGGAAGCGACGUCACCUCCUCGGUCGCUUCCGACGACGGCGCGGCUGGGUGUGAAGUGGCAGAGGAGGGGGCUGCAGUGAAGGAGGCUGCAGACGCUGCGGUGAAGAGUGAAGGAGAGGACUGGAGCCAGACUGAGGCCAACCCUCCAUGUCUCGACUCAGAGGACAGUUCUGUGUCAGGGAAAGAGUCCAAGGAGGUGAAGGAAGAGGAGGGGGGCAGUGAGGCUGACCCCGAUGAAGGGAUGGAGCUGAAGGAGGACUGCGGGGAGGGGGACGGUCCCUACCUGUCUGAGGUGGAGCGGGCCGCCAGCGAGAGCGAAGACGGCUACGGUCCGCCCUCCCAGCGCUACACCGUGGAUUCACUGGCCAGCAGCCCGGCCUCCUCCUCCCAGCUCUCCACAUGUGGAGAGGACCAGGAGGCCGUCCAGGCGCAGAAGAUCUGGAAGAAAGCCAUCAUGCUUGUGUGGAGAGCUGCAGCCAAUCACAGGUACGCCAGCGUCUUCCUGCAGCCUGUGUCAGACGAUAUCGCCCCCGGUUACCACAGCAUUGUGCACAGACCCAUGGACCUGUCAGCCAUCAAGAAGAACAUUGAGUCCGGCGUGAUCCGCACCACAGCUGAGUUCCAGCGAGAUAUCAUGUUGAUGUUCCAGAACGCCAUCAUGUACAACUCCUCAGACCACGACGUCUACCACAUGGCGCUGGAGAUGCAGCGAGACGUCCUGGAGCACGUCCAGCAGUUCCUGGCCACCCAGCUCAUCAUGCAGACCUCGGAGAGCGCCAUCUCUGCUAAGAGCCUCCGCGGCAGGGAGGGAAACCGGAAACCAGGGGAGGCGGCUGAGAAGGACAGUGUCCCAAUGGCCUCUCCUGCUUUCCUUCUCUCUCUCUUUGAUGGAGGCACCAGGGGUCGCCGUAGCGCCAUGGAGGCUGACCUCAAAAUGAAGAAGUAAACAAGACGAAGCAGAGGUUGAACUCGUUACCUGCUGGUCGCUAAGGAUGCUUUCUGGAAAUGGCAGAUGUCUCUACAGCCUGGUUCUCUCUGAAGGGGCUACAUCUCUGUUCAUUAAUAAGCAGCUCUUUAAAUUAGACCCCCAGUGCACUUCACGCCAUCGCAUAGUCUCACUUAACUGCUAAAGGUAGUGAGUAGUCACUCCCAUUGGAUGAAAGUGAAUGAACACUUUUAUAAGGAGAACAUUUACACCAGCAGUUUGUUUGGGAUCAAUAAUGGAAGGUGGAAUAAGACCCGUCUGCGGGGUUGGAUCAUGUUCAUCAUUUAUACGUUUGUUCGUCUGAGUCUGGAUGCGUCCAGUCAGAAGUGGACGUCCCAUAAGCUCUGCAUGUUGGACUGAUGGGUCAUGUUAAAGCAGAAUUCAUUGGAGGUUUUGUUUUAUCGCCUCCCGGUAUUCUGAUCUGUGUGCAAACAGGAGCAUGGUUCAGCUUCUUAAAGUGGGAUCACCUUUAACUGACCUCCACUUCAUAAGAAGCACCUACAUCAGACUAAUUUUUUAAUUUUCUAUUAAGUCUUUAGCUGCAGAAGUGGGCUUCAGUUUUAGAAGACAGCUUUGAAAUCACUACAUUUUCCAUAAAUGGACUCCUCUUGAUUGCUGACGUCAUUAAGCUCCUUCCAGCCUAAUGUACUGUGAAUGGAGAGGGUGCUAAAACAGUGGGUUUAGUUUAAGAAAGAGGGGGUCACAGUUUGUUAUUGCUGGAACUAAAAUGUUCACUUAGGAAGUUACGUGUGUGUGUGAGCCCUUUGUAAAUGGAAUAAAAACAUGCUGGUGUUACGUGUUAGAGAGUACAAAGUGGAGUUUUGUACAUGAGAAGGCUCAUUAGUGAGGGUAGAUGAGACUUGUAUGUUUUUGGUGUACAUUUGUUAAAUAAAAGAUUUGAUUAAAAUGUAAAAA